AUGAAAAAUUAUAGGAAAUCGUUUCCUUUAUUUUGUUGUAGUAGCUGAGAAAGAAACUGCCAACAAACAACACAAAAAAACAUCAUUCUAAGAAACAUAUUCCCUAUAAUUUCAGCCAUACCCCCCAUUGAUUCAAUUCUCACCCCCUUCAACACUGUUCUGAAGCUGUGUACUUUCCUUGUUCCAUCCAUGGCUCUUCAUUGUGCUUCUUUCGGCUUCACAACCGUUCCUUCUAACCCUCCACGUUCAGUCAACUUCAGUCAAUCUUCUGUCAAAACUUCCGUUUUUCCUUCUCCUCUAUCCCUUUCUAACAUUCGAUUGAAAGUUCAAGGAAAGACAAAGGCAAUGACUGGUAAUGGGACACCUGAAACAAAAGAGUCACCUCUAGUGGUUUGUUUCGGGGAAAUGCUCAUUGAUUUCGUCCCAACUAUUAGCGGCGUUUCGUUGGCUGAUGCACCUGCAUUUAAAAAGGCUCCAGGUGGGGCUCCUGCUAAUGUUGCUGUAGGCAUAUCCCGGUUAGGAGGUUCAUCGGCUUUUAUUGGAAAGGUUGGCGAGGAUGAAUUUGGAUAUAUGCUUGCUGAUAUACUCAAGGAAAAUAAUGUAAACAAGCAAGGGAUGCGUUUUGACCCUGGUGCACGUACUGCCUUAGCAUUCGUUACGCUGAGAAGUGAUGGAGAACGCGAGUUCAUGUUUUAUCGUAAUCCGAGUGCUGAUAUGCUGCUCCAAGAAGAUGAACUAGACUUGGACUUAAUCAGAAAGGCGAAGAUAUUUCAUUAUGGUUCGAUAAGUCUUAUAACAGAACCAUGCAAAUCGGCGCACAUAGCUGCGACAAAGGCAGCAAAAGAAGCUGGUGUAGUACUGUCUUAUGACCCUAACCUGAGGCUUCCUUUAUGGCCUUCUGCAGAGAGUGCUAGAGAAGGAAUUCUGAGUAUAUGGGACACUGCAGAUAUCAUUAAGAUAAGUGAGGAAGAGAUUUCUUUUCUUACAAAUGGCGAAGAUCCAUACGACGACACUGUUGUUCGAAAACUUUUCCAUUCAAAUCUCAAGCUACUCCUUGUUACUGAAGGUGCAGAAGGCUGCAGGUAUUACACCAAGGAGUUUAGUGGUAGAGUGAAGGGAAUGAAGGUGGAUGCUGUUGACACUACCGGUGCCGGCGAUGCUUUUGUAGCUGGAAUACUAUCACAAUUAGCUUCGGAUCUUUCGUUACUUCAGAAAGAGGAACAAUUGAGAGAUUCUCUCAAGUUUGCAAAUGCUUGUGGUGCAUUGACUGUGACGGAGAGAGGUGCAAUACCAGCAUUGCCUACAAAGGAAACUGUUCUCAAUGCUAUACUUAAGCCUGUAUCUUAAUUUCUCAUUCCCAUCUUUUUUUUUUCUUUGGUAAAUUUUAGGGGCUUUUUAAGCUAAUGCAAUAAGUAAGAAAUUUAAGGAUAUAUAAGAUUAGUGUAAACCAAUUUUACAAUGUAUCCAAUCAAAAACUAUCAUUUUGCAACGUCAUUCCACUUGUGUAAUUGCAUUUCAAAAAUAAUAGUAUGAUAUAUAAAAAUAGAGGGCUCUAAUUAAAAGUUGUCGUAUCAA